UAAGGCUGUUAUUACAGUUAAAAUAUGUACAAUCUUUAACAUCCUUCUUCCGUGUCCAGUAAUAGUCUGCCAACAUAGAGGGGCUCCACUUUUGUUACUGAUCUUCCAUAGGACUACACUUAACGAUAUGAGUGUAAUCAGUUGUAAACUGUCUUAUUUAGUAAAGUAGACGGCUAAAAACACAAACCUUAAUUUUUAUAAACUUGAAACCUUUAUAAUCUUUAUAAUAUGUGUAGUUCAGGAAUGCAUGAGUUCAGUGCAGUGCUGCAUUUAUUUUGCUGCUGACUGUAGUUUAUAGCGGCGUAACUAGCUAAACAUUUUUUUUCUUAGAAUUUCAAUGAUAUCAAACCACACUUUUUUGUUUUAAAUGUAGCGUUUUGUUUUAAAUUAACCAUAAUUAUUUUUCAGUUACGAGGUCAAACGACGGGAAACACUACAACAGAGGGUUUGCUCGUCAUCCUGCUCACGCAUUCAACGUGAAAAGUAAAGUAGCUAAUACAUUUAAACUGGGCACGAAUCCAUUUGCAUGCUAAUACGCCACUGUUGCGUUCUGGCUUUUGCAUGCGAUUCCUUAUUUAGCCGGAAGAUGUCAGUGUAAUGGCGGUCACAUUUUUUUUAAAUCGGUCAUAAUCGGUUUUUGGACAUUUUUUAGGCAAUUCAGAACUUAUCCUGGGAAAAGUUUCAGUAGUGUGCAAUCAUCCGAAGCGUUCAGAUUUUGCGUGUGCGUUCUUUAGAAAUCCAGCGGGCGACGUUCCUUUAAGACACAGUCGUGCGUCUUUGGGGACUGGAUGAGUGAAUACCGCCCUUCCAAAGAGACAGCAAAAGAACCCACAAACCCGUAAGAGCUACGCGAAAAGGACAAUGUGCAGAACCAAUAAGCGUUACUAAACCGGGCCUUGCGGGGGGUUAUCGUGUUGUAUCAGUUUUCGGACAAUCGAGCUUCUUUCGGAAAUCACGGAGACAUGGAUUGGGGUAAAGCGCUUUGGGACCAACAUGACGUGAUGGAGAAACACACCCAGUCAGGACUAGAGCUGCUGGAACGCUACGUGAAGUUUGUCAAAGAGAGAACAGAGAUUGAACAGAACUAUGCCAAACAGCUCAGGUCACUCUCUAAAAAGUAUUCAAGACGGGGCAACAAAGAGGACCAAGAAAUAAAGUUCACCUAUCAGCAGGCCUUUCAGGAGGUGGUGAACGAGAUGAAUGAGUAUGCGAGUCAAAGGGAGCUUCUGUCGGAGAACCUGAGCAUCAACAUCUGUGUGGAGCUCACCAGAUAUCUCCAAGAGCUCAAACAAGAGCGCAAGAGUUAUCUGGCUGAUGUUAAGAAAGCCCAACAAAACCUUGAGUUGAACUUCAAACAUCUUGAGGCUUGUAAGAAGCGUUUUGAAAAGGAGUGGAAAGAAGCAGAAAAAGUCAAUCAGCAAGUAGAGAAAACUGAACAGGACCCUGGUUCAACCAAAGCUGAUGUAGACAAGGUCAGGAUGAUUGCCCACCAGCGCACACACACAGCUGACGAGUGUAAGAAUGAAUACGCCGCCCAGCUCCAGAAAUACAACAAGAUGCAGAAUAGCUUCUAUCACACUGAGACCCCUGCUAUAUUUAAUAAACUGCAGGACAUGGAUGAGCGGAGGAUCAGGAAGUUGGCGGAGGGAUACAGCCUCCUCGCAGACACAGAGAGGAAGAUCCUCCCCUCUCUGAGCAAGAGUCUUGACACCAUCACCGCAGCUAGCAACAAGACCAAUGAGAAACAGGACUCCAUGACGCUUAUGGAACAGCAUAAGUCUGGUGUAGCACCCCCAACUGAUGUUGAGUUUGAAGAUUACAGUCAAGGCAUUAAACCUGCAACCAUGGAGAACUCAGUACACAGGUCACCAAAAGUCCGGAUCAAACAAUUGUUCAAGAAGAACAAGAUGAAUACAACACUGGAGAAAAACACGCCCCUUCCAGUAGAAGAUUACUCUCACUUGCCAUUGGACCAGAAAAAGAAGCGUCUGAAGGAGAAGAUCGAUGACAUCGCCAAGGAGCUACAGAAGGAGAUGGACCAAAGUGAGGCGCUCAGUAAAAUGAAAGGGGUUUAUGAGAAGAAUUCUCAUCUGGGAGAUCCAGCCAGCCUGGAACCACAGAUCAACCAGACGACACACAAUAUCAACAGAUUGAAGGUGGAGCUGACCAGAUACAAGACAUGGCUGAAUGAAACUGGAGAUGUCAGUAUGCACAACAACCAGACCAGUGCAGCCAGUAUUUCCGUAUUUCCAAAGGGACAGAAUUUCUCCGAGCCUGAGCCUGCUGACAACAUCUACGAGUGUGAUUUUGAUGACUUUGAUGAAGAUGUGCCGAUUGGUCAGUGCCAGGCACUCUACAACUUUGACGGUUUCAGAAAGGGUGAGCUGAGCAUACAGUUGGGAGAGCAGCUGAGUAUAUUGGAUGAGGACCAUGGUGAUGGUUGGGUGCGCGUGCGAAAGAACUCUGGAGAUGAAGGAUAUGUACCUGCAUCCUACAUAAAAAUAUUCUAACUGCGGAUGAAGAAUACCUCCAGCCUACAUUAGAUACAUAAACCUUUGUCCUGGUUAAAGGAAAAAAUAAUCUAACUGCAGAUGAAGGAUACAUGCCUCCAGCCUACAUUAGAUGCGUACCUCCAGCCUACAUUAGAUGCGUAUCUCCAGGUAACAAUAGAUAUACAAACCUUUGUCCUGGUUAAUGGAAAAAAGUAAGACUUAUCCAGAGUUUACCAGUACAUCAGCAGAUGUCUCAGUGGUCCUCUCCCAGUACGCCAGCAGAGGACUCACUGGUCCUCUCCCAGUACACCAGCAGAGGACUCACUGGUCCUCUCCCAGUACACCAGCAGAGGACUCACUGGUCCUCUCCCAGUACACCAGCAGAGGACUCACUGGUCCUCUCCCAGUACACCAGCAGAGGCUUUUCAGCCUUACUGGGACUGCUAGGAGAAGCACGCUGGGCUUAUUCUGCAUGCUUGUUGAGUUUGAGUUGAGUUAAUUAUAAGUUAAUAACCCACUCCUUUGAUGGUUCUUUGUUGGUCAGUAGUGUUCAGUCCUGCGCCACUUCACUUUUGACCCUAUGUGGUGAGGCAUGGUCUUUAUGUUCUUUAAGGCUGAUGUUCUCUGUACAGCUCACACAUGGCUCAUGUUUACUAUGUCAUUGUACUGAUAUGUUGCUUUUUGUCGAGACCUUGCUUGGUGUUUUUCUUUUUCCUACUUUGUUCCUUGUUUCUUCAUGUGUGAUAUGUUUUGUUUUGAGUAUUUUUAAAAAUCACACCUUGGAGAAACGACACCAUUUUUUGUUUGUACAGUGCAAUGCUGUGCACUAUGCUUUUAGACUUUUAAUUACUUUUUCUGUUAUGUCAUUUGAAGGGUUUGCACCACUUCCAUAUACCAAUGAUUGUGAUGGGG